AUGAACAGCUCUUCCUCCGAAGCUGAUGGAGGUUCUCUCGAAAGCACAAGUGUUGCUUUGACCGACGGUGCUGCGACUGACAUUGUCGGCAACGAUGAACGCCCGCACCAGGACGCCGCCCGAUUUGUGCAUUCCGCAGCCACAGCGGCAACACGCACGGGCGAAGGCCGAAGUGGACCGCGUUCCAGGAACGGAUGUUGGACCUGCCGCACCAAGAAGGUGAAGUGCGACGAGCAGAGGCCCAACUGUCAUCGUUGCUCCCGUUUGCGGCUCCUCUGCGAUUAUGCACCCCGCAUCAAGGUUACCAAGAGAGGCCAAACGCGCAAGGAUCAGUUUGUGUCGUCCCAGCUUGCCGUCUCGUCGGCAAAAGAUGGUAGAUCGCCCGGCUUGCCGACCUGGGCGCAGGCUGUCGUCACUAGAUCUGACCAGUCCAAGGCUCUAUUGCUCUUCAGUCCAUCGGCACCGACUUUUGGGGCUUGCUUUCUUGAUCUCUCGUCGGCUGAUCACGAAGCAAUUCGAUACUUUCGUACUUCGUUUGCCAAGCAAAACCAUACGAAAAAUCCUGAUUUUUCGUUAUACUCAAUCAUGUUUGACAUCGCCCAGACCGACUCUAUGGUCAUGCACGUGAUUCUGGCCCUUGGCGGACGGGAGUUAGAAUUCCGGCGGAAUAAGGACGCCGAAGAGGCUCGAGGUCCAAGAACACCCAUUCAGCACUACUCUUCUGCUCUCCGGAUGAUGGCCGAUACCAUUGGUGGAGAGGACGAUGGCCAGCUGGACCUCGACGCCGUAUGUACAGCGUUGUAUCUUAUGCUGAUGUAUGAGCAAAAGUACGGCGACGGCAAAUGUCGGGGUCUCUCCAAUCACCUCGUGGGUGCGAGCCUAAUAUUGCAACAUCGAUUCAAAGACAUGCUGCUCCAGCUGCCGGCCCCGUCACCCGAGACCAACCGAAGAAGUCUGGCCUUAACGAGAAGGGGCCACGAUGAAAGCGGCUCGCGUCUUUCGCUUUACUCGGCGCGAAUUCUAGUCUGGAUUGCCCUCCACGAUGCAGCGGCUGCAGCAUACGGUCUCGGCGGCCAGCUGAACUGUGCGCUGCACAAGAUCAUGGGAGCACUAGACAACCAUGCAACCAGCGGCAUCUCCAGCCCGGUUCAGCCGCUGGAUGCCUUUGAAAGAUUACAUCGCUUCUCUAACCCACUGUACCGGAGCAUGUGGGCUGACACGUAUCCCCAAGCAGAGCUGCUUGACGAUGUUGAGAACCGUAACGUAUAUGCCCUUUUAGGUGCUUGUGGUCAAUUACGGUUCAUGAUCGCCCAGCUUGCGAAUCUUUCUCACGAAGACAAUAACGCAUCACACCAGCAACGCAUCCAGGCUGUAGACAUGACCAUCCAGCAGGUCGGAUGGAAAUUCACCGAGCUGCUCGAGGUUGCGGCAGAGCUCUCCAUCAAUACAGACAACUCUCAUCGUUUAGUAGCGAACAUCCGCGGCAUUGUACCCCACUACCAUGCCGUUGUCCUCGAGUUUAUGCGUUUGACGCGCUUCAACGACACCCCCAUGCUUUCAGGCCGCCAACGGAACGCUCUGCGAGAGAUUAUGAACCUCGCCUUCCAGGCCUUCAAGCAUGAGGGAGACGAGUCGAUGGCUCGCAUUGCCUGGCCGCUUUUUAUGGUCGCCCUUGAGACAGACGACCUUCUACAUCGCGAAUGGGUUCUCAGCCGAUUCCAGGGAAUGAGUUGCUUUGGCAAAAACCUUGACCGAGCUCAUGUCUUCCUCAAGGAGACCAUAGAAAUUCAGGCUCGUCUAGGAAGACGAGUCGAUGUGCGCGAGCGCUUCCAGUCUGGCGAAGUGGGUCUCUUUGUUAUCUGA